AUGCGAGAGCCCUCUGAGAAGACCAAGCAGGCGAAGAAAGCUAAGCUGGGAGAAACAUCUGGAUCAAGACCCAUAGUGCCUCUGGUUGUCUCUCCAGGUAAGUCUGUGUCUCUCCCUCCCUCUGUAAAAAUUAAACCCAUUGCUUCUUCUCUCCCUCAAACAAACCAUAUAUACACCACUGCUGACACUCCCCCCUCAACCACCAGAUCCUCUAACCUACCAUCUCAAAAAUCCAACCUUGCCACCACAACUCUACCUGUUUCAGAAGCAGAAAUGCUAAAUGAAACCACCUCCCCAUCUUCAUCACCAUCUCCUCAAUCCCCACCUUACUACGAACUUCCAUCAGACACUGAACCAUCUGACCCUCACUCCCCCACUCUGGCUCAACUCCAAGACCAUGCUUUGGCCUCUCAAAAGCCAUCAUAUCCUAACCCUGAACCUGAAGUCACUUCCCCACCUCUGGAAAAUCCAAACAUAACCCCAUCUGAACCAAUCCACUCUGAAUCACAACCAUCUGAACCAACACACUCUGACAUACCACAACCCAUAACUUCUGCUGACCCAACAACUCCCACACUUAACCUAAGUGCCACCACCUCACCCUCCCAAGCCUCUGCCAAUGAACCAGAAACUACCCUUCUGACCCUUGAAGAAGCAAUUAAGAGAAUCAGAGAAGCUGAAGCAAAGGCUAUUGCUGACGCUGAUGCUGAGGCAAAAGCCAAAGCCAAUGCUGAAGAAGCAACGCGCCUUGCUGAAGAGUCUGCUGCCAAAGCUAGAGAUGAUGCACUGACUCAGGAGGAGUCCUCCAACUCUGGAUUCAUCCCUCUGGUUUUGAAGACUCUCGAAGAACUGCAGAAAGAACAACAGAUAGUUCGAGCCAGACUGAAUCAACAGGACUCUGUCAAUGUAAACAUUCAGAACAUGAUGUCCCAGCUUCUCCAGAGGAUGCCUCCGCCUCCAAACCCUUAG